ACAUAUGUCAUAUAGUUAUCGGCGUGUAAUUCACACCACUUCGUGUUUACUUUUAAAUUUACUGACAAAGUUGUAAAGUUUAAACCAACAAAGAACGAAGGUGUGUUCACGUGAGCAACAAAAAAGGACUACAUACCCCACAAUGCUAAGCGCAAGGUAGCUGGUAGUCAAUUGCUUUAAAGCGUAUUAAACGCGAGUAUGUCACGUAUUUCUCGGUUUUUACGUCACACAGACGUCGUGUCUACUUAUAUAUUAUAUAUAUGUUUACUUACAUAUUAUAUAUUUAAACUGCAAGGUGUAAAUUUUAAACGGCGGUGCGGUCACGUGACGAGCGGAAGUUGCUGAGCACUUCCGGAAACCAAAAACCCGAGCAACGGAAAAGAAGUCUCACUCUGACUUAUUUUUAAGAACCUGGAAAUAGCACAAGGGCCAUUAGUUUGUAGUUGGGACAAAUCACUAGUAUAAACACGCUUUCACUCAAUAUUUAGUGCUUACAUUUUCACCGAGUGAUGCGAUAACGUGACUUUUGUGUAAGGACGGCUGGAGUGAGGCUUCCCUCCUUAAACACGCGAUCUUGGGCGCUAGCGCAACACGCUAGUGGCACCGUCGCUAUGAGGCCCAGCGAAGACGCCAUGAUGACUUCCAUCGUGCAGAGGAUCGCGCGGCAGGCCCUCGCCACUUUCCAGCACCACCCCGGGCUCGGUGUGCACGCCGCCAAGUGCUUCGCGGAGAACCACGACAAGCUGCACAGCCUCAUGAGCGAGGUGCGCGCCGCCGACCUGAAGCUCACGCCGCCCGCCGCGCCCCCUCCCCGCGGGGCGCCGCCGGUCACGUACAUGCACAUCUGCGAGACGGAGCACUUCAGCAUGGGCGUGUUCCUGCUGAAGAGUGGCGCCUGCAUCCCCCUGCACGACCACCCGGGCAUGCACGGUCUGCUCAGAGUCAUGUAUGGCAAGGUGCGCAUCAGCUGCUACGACCGGCUGGAGUCCUCCCCGCCGCCAGGGGGCGCACUUCGGCGCUGCCUGCUGCGCUCCAGGGGCGAGUACACGCAGGACAGCGAGCCCUGUCUGCUGGCCCCAGAGCGGGACAACCUGCACCAGAUCGACGCGGUGGAUGGCCCCGCCGCCUUCGUGGACAUCCUGGCCCCGCCCUACGACCCGGACGACGGGAGGGACUGCCACUACUACCGGGUGCUGCCGGAGGCGGAACUCGGGGACCCGCAAAGCCGGGAAGUGUGGCUGAUGGAGAUCUCGCAGCCCGUCAGCUUCUGGUGCGGAGCCGAGCCCUACCCGGGCCCCGAGGUGCGCCUCUGACCCGGGGGCGCAGGGUGACGUCACCACGGACUGACCCCGGCGUGUCAGGUGACCCACGUGCGGACUGUUUGACAUGAGCUAACGCCAUCUCUUUGUAGUAUUCGAUGAACUUCGCCCAUGUCGAUCAGCGGUUCUCAAACUCUGUCCACCGCUUGGCUCGCCCAGCAUUAAAACACAGUAGCGUAGCACGUCUAAGUAUUCAUUACUAGGUAGUAGGUCUUUAUUGUCAUUGCACAAGUACAACAAAACUUUGCUUUCAGCACAAACCCGUUCAAGAUUAAACAAACAAACAGUGUACAGGGUUACAGAACAGGAACGCUGAUGGGUCGCCACGAGGCGCCCCGUAAAAGACGGGAAAAGGGUAAAAUGCUGGGGAAAAAGAUUAGUAAAAAAAAAAAAAACACACGUUACAUAAAAUCAAGACAAACUUGCAACAAAGGGGCGGGGAGUUGGGGCCCUGGAAGGCGACCUCUGCUUUGAAGCACUGCCAUCCGACCAUCACCCCGAGGGGAAAAAGUGGUGGUGAAGACGUGGGGGGGUUUUGUGUUUAUGCCCAAUUGUCUUGGGUGUGAUGAUGUAAUGUUUUUUAGACUGAGGCCGAUCUGCAAAAGUUCGACUCCAGGUGUUGUCGAGAGGGAGGGAGGUCAAAAGCGUCUCAUCAUUGAGGUGUCCUCGGGGGUGUUUUUCAGAACAGCCUGCUCCUGUUUCCACAGCGUCAAGGCCAUUCGAGGGAAUCAAAUCGUGGAUUAGGAUGUUUGUUUUCCGCGGGCAGACAAAACAAUGACUUGUAUGUUCGAUUCGUCCAUGCUGGGUGCUCUCAAAUUCAAUUAGAAAUACAAAGUUUCGUUGGGCUUGUGCAUUGACAAUAAAGACCCACCUACCUACUAACUCUAUGUGCAGUACCAAUCGGCGUGCCACGGUUUGAGGACCCCUGAUCGGAGAUAACGGGAAUAACGUCAACAUGCCGACGACUGCUGCUGUCCCGAUUCAAUUCUCAUUCUAGCUCCUUCCGCAAUGCUGCUAAUUCCACUGUGACCCCCUCCAAACAUUUCAGUGUGAAAGACGAGGACUGAGGAGUUUGUAAGUAGCGACCAUGUGGCGCUAAUAAACACCGUUCAAGUCCGACUGAG